UGUGUGUAUAUAUAUCGUCACUAAACUGCCCACGUCUUAACUCAUGAUUUCACUCUGAAAUCCCAACCUCCUCUCCCCAUUCUUCCUCAAUCAUCUCUGCAUUAUUAUAUACUGUUACAUUCUUCAACACCAAUCAACAAAAGCUGCAAAGGAAGAAAUGGGCUCUGAUCAUCUUCCUACAAACUGCAUCGCCGCCGCCGGAGAAUCCGGUGAGAAUCAGAGAAUCUCCGGCGUUGAUGGGCUGCACCACUCCGCCACUAAAUCAGACAGCUUCGUGAUCGAUAUGGAGAGGUUUUCGCAUCUUAUAGAAAAAGAUUCCAAUUCUGCAAAUUCAAGACUCACUAGAAAUCUUUCAAGGAAAGGAACGAUGAGAAUCGCAGAAAGGAAACUCACCGAUGUUAGUUUGCUUGCAACUUCACCAAGAGCUACUUUCACGCUUGAAAAGCAAGGGGUGGUGGUGGAGGCGGGGGCCCACGACCACUCGGGCCCGGCCCAAGUCAAUCACCAGAUCACCAUCACCAACGGCGGCAUAGCCACCACAGCUGCAGGUGCUGAAACAAAGAGCCGAUUCGGCUUCCGCCGCUCAUCUCAAACUUGGACCAUCGAUCCUAGAAGAAUACUCUUCUUCUUUGCAACACUGUCAUGCAUGGGAACUAUUCUACUUAUCUAUUUCACCUUAUCAAUUGGCAAGUUCAACGGUGAAAGUUCUUAACUAAAUAAACAUAUCAUUUUCAUGGAUAUUUUGAAGACAAGGUUUGAUGUGGGCACGUGGAGAGAUGCAAGAACAAAAAGAAGAAACAAAGAGUUAGAACUUUUGGCAGAAAGGGAUUACAUAAGAUUCAGUGGAUUUCACUUUUUUUUUCUCAGAGUUUACAACAAAUAUAUGUAAAGAGUGGGAAGCAGCAACAACAGAGAGGAUAGAAAGUCAUAUGAUGUGUAUACCCUUUUUUAUGUUAGUUUAGUAUCUUGAGAAAAUGUAGUGGAGCCUCAGAAAAAAGAAGCAGCCUUUUUUGCUAAA